AUGUGUCUCCCAUGCUUCCCUUGGACGUGGACCAAGGUUGAAGAUCCGUACGACGAGAUGCACAAGGCUCCUGAUCAGUCCGUCUGGGUACAUGAUGGACAGGGAUGGGAGUUGCAGAAACUGAAAGAAGCAAUCAUGGCUUCGGCAGGCGCGAACCCGCUCAAGUCUCCAAAGACGCCCCGACGACCCAAGACUCCCGAGUCUCGUCAAGUGCACUUUGAACCCGAGACUAAGCCAGCGACGACUUCUGCUUUCGCCAGAGACUUCAACUCUGGUCGUAUCACAGGAUACACCAGUGCCAAUUCUCCCAGCGGCGGCUUCAGUGCUGGCGUCAACGGUGUCAGUGCCCCAAAGACACCUCCUGGAAUCAAAGCUACUGCUGCUUCCACUGCUACUGCCACUGCUACUGCCACUGCUACUGUCACUUCUGCCCCGGAGCAAAAGAUCGAGACUCAGCCUACAAACUUCCCCGCUCUCGGUUUAGGCGCCAACCAGCUGCAGUGGCAUAUCAGUGCCAAUCCGACUCAGAGCCUCAGUCACCAGCUGCCCGUCAAUUUCAUCUCGCCCCCUCCUCAGGCCCAUCAGCAGCAUUUCUUCUCUCCCCCUCAAUUUCAUCCUGCUUCCUACAUCAGCGCAGGGCCAAACAACAUCGUCAAUCCUCCGACCCCGAGCCCGAGCCCUAUCACGUAUAUCGGUAUCGGCCCUCAGUCUCCCGCUCUCACCCUCAACCAAGCCAGCAACAUGGGUGACUAUCAGAACGCUGCCCCUCCCGUCCACGGGCUGCACUUCCAGCCUCCUGUUCCCGACACCACAUUUGGUCCUAUGCAGCACGUCUACGUGCCCCGUCAUGACGGUGGCCUUGCCGGUUUUCAAGUCGGUGCCCCUGCUUCUUUUAACUAUGUUUCUGCUGCCCCUUUUGCUAUUGCCCCCUCCUCCUCCUCCUACACCACCGUCGUGGUGCCAAAGACAUACUAUCUCAACGGCUACACUUACUAUGCAAGUUCACGUAGCUGGAUUACCCAGCCAGCUAUCGGUACCAUGGCUCCCCAGCCUAGUGCCUAUGGAGGCUACGUUGUCCAACAGCAGCAGCAACCCUACUACGUCCAGCAGCCGACCAUGGGCCAGCAGCCAGUUCUCAUCGCCGGCCAGUUGCAGCAACAGCAGCAGCAGCAGUUUGUGCCUCAGAUGCAGAACGUUCCUGGCGUCCCCACAGUCGGCCUGGCUGGUGGAACUGCUGUGCACGGCACGGUCCCCGUCUUUGCAGGUAAUGUCCCUGGUGGUGGUGGCGGCGGCGGUCACAUCCCCGAAGUCAUGGGUGUCGGUCGUACUGCGGGUGAAGAGCAGCUCCGUCAGAUCAAGUUUGCGCAUGCGAACAAGCUGUACGAGCCUCAGGAAUUCAAGCCCGCCGACGAUGACCCUUCCCGUUUCUACUAUGUCCGUGAAGUUGACGGGAACUGGACCCAGCGCAACCGAUUUACCAUUGAUCACAUGGGUGAUUCCAAGUGGCGAGGUGUCACUGCACGAAAAGCACAAGAGCAGCAGAAGAAAAGAAGCCUGCAUCACCAACCAGCACACAUCCUCGAUUUUUGGUCCAAGAUCGUUUUAAUCAAGCAAUCUGCUCAUCAGAGCGAUGUCAAUCGAUGGCCAACGGUCAAUGAUAAGUCGGACAAAGCGAUGAGGAUGUUGUGUCGCAUUCAGCAAGCUACCUACGCAAACAUGCUUCUCAUCGGUCUCACAGGCUCGAUUGCCACGGGCAAAUCGACAGUCUCAUCAAUGCUAUCCUCACAACCAUAUAACCUACCAAUCAUAGACGCAGACAUUCUGGCCCGCAAGGUUGUGGAACCUGGAACCCGUGGCUAUCAAGCCAUUGUGAAGCACUUUGGACCUACAACGCCAGAGCUACUUGUGGAGCCCUCAGACAAAAUGCCAGAAAAUGGACCCAAUGGAAAAGGCAGGCCUCUCAACAGGCCAGCUCUAGGACGACGGGUGUUUGGCGAUAGCGAGGAAAGGAAGAAGGACCGUUCAGUACUCAACCAUAUCGUUCACCCGGCUGUACGGUGGGAAAUGUUCAAGUCUGUGGUCGGAUACUACUUCCGUGGCCACUGGGCAGUGGUGCUCGACAUCCCACUGCUCUUCGAAAGUGGCCUCGACAAACUCUGUGGUGUUGCGGCUGUCGUUGCUGUCCGCGACCCAGCAAUCCAGAUGCAGCGCCUGAGAGCGCGCGAUCCUCACCUCAGCGCAGAAGAUGCUGAGAACAGAGUGCGCAGCCAAACCGAUGUGCGGGAAAAGGCUCAGCGGUGCGAGGAGCGAGGAGAAGGCAAGGGGAUCGUGCUUUGGAACGACGGACCGCGAGAGGAUUUGCAGGUGCAGCUGGACAAGGCGAUCAAGGGGCUGAAGAAGGAGACUCCGGACUGGUGGACGUGGUUGCUUCUUGGAUGUCCACCUCUGGCUGUUGCGGUUGCGACGUGGAGGUUUUGGCAGAAUCUUAUUAUCAAUGAAAGAUGGGAGGAGAAGAAAGUGCAGGCUAAACUAAAUGUACAUAAGGAAGGAAACACCCAGAGAGCCUUUUAUUUUGCUCUCACUUCUUCCACCUUUCACAUCCCCAUUCAUCCCACCUUUUCUCCCUUCUCCAAGAGUACUCAAUCAAGCAAGUCAGAAAAGUGCGCCAUGGCGCGAUCCAGGAUGAAGAGCAUCUGGGACAUCGAUCCGUACACUUCGAAAAAGAAGUUGAACACAACGAAUUUUGUUCUAAAGAUGGAAGGAAGGUGGUUGCAGAUGAUAACCAAGAAGGACGUCUCCGAAACCGAGACACAGGCCUUCAAAAGCAUCGUCGAGACUGUUACCACCCAAACCAUCCAAGAAAUCAGAGAUCUACCGGCCCCUUCAUCUUGGGCAGAAAUCAUUGCCCUCAAGAUCUUAUUUCCAGGUGACUUCUUUUCAUCUGAACAUGCGGUUAUCGCCCAAGAGAAGUUCCCCAAUGCCAACCUGCACCAGUGGAAGCUCAACGAAAACGGUCCCACACCCGGUCUAGAUUGGAUCAAUAACCGGUCCCAAUUCACACCAAGAAGCCUUUCCGAUUGUGUGAUAAGAAGCAAAACAGCCCGAGAUACUGCAGAGCUUAAGCGCCCACGAUCCAGUGAGGCUGCUGACGACAUCGGAAAGAAAGAGAACCCUCUCAAGAAACGACGUUUGGCACCUACGAGUCCUGUCGAGGAAAAUGCCAAAGAUGCUGUAGAUGAUACAGUUGACGAUACUGUAGGGGACAUGGUAAAGGACGUCGAAUAUCCUGUCGCCGAUCCGAGCACUUCCAAGCAGGCGACUCCUCCCCUAUCAAAUGGCCUUGGAGACACUGGUGAUUCUGAGGACUCCAAUGAAUUUUGGAGUGAAUUCGACGACAAGCUCGAUGCGGUCCGCAAAGCAGUUAAAGAAGGCACCGAAAUCACUCCACGAAUGCUAAAUGGUCUUCGAAAGGCUCACCUAGCCGCGCUCAAGAAACAGCACCCUGAUAAAAUUUUCAAGAGUAUCAAGAAGCAGCAUGCGCAGGAGUUGCGAAAUGUCCGAGCCAGGUAUGAAGGUGUCAUCGCAACAUGGCUCAAGGGUGUCGCGAGUGGAGUAAGGGUCCUCCAGACCACACGUCGGGAGCUCUCGAUGUCGAGCAACCACGAGGAGUAA